AUGAUUCUAGACCCGGAGCUCGCAAAGCAACUGGAGGAGGCCCGCGCUUUCCAAGCAGAAGCUACGAGAGGUGGCAGUCGUCAGAGAGGGCGCCCCUCAGCCCGUGGCAGAGGCGGAGCUGGUCGAGGCCGUGGAGGUCUUCCAAGCACACCUCCUCGCUCCCCUUCUGUGCGUGGCGGUCGAGGUGGAGGCGGUCACAGAGGCUCUCUCCUCCAGCACGCUACCUCUCGCGCUGCUGCCCAGCCCGUGCACGUCACACAGGAGCAGAGCGGACUUCCUUUCACGCCUUCGCUUACGCCUCAGAACAGCAACCCUCGUCCAUUUGCCAUUCCUAUUGUGGCACCCCCUUCCGCCAACAGCGGGCUCACUCCAUCUGUGUCCCCAUACGGUAUCGAGACCUCCAUGUUUGCUCCGCAAGCUGCCCCCGAAGACACUGCCCCAACGUCUGGACCAAAGACGUCUCAUGCUCCAGCAACGAGGGCCUCCUCGUCUCUUGAGCAAUCUCGUCACACGGUUGGAGCCAUGCCACCCCAGUGGCAACCAACUUUGCACAGGGGAAGAGGAGGACGCGGAAGAGGAGGAGGUCACAGGAUGAGCAGACUUGCGACUCAAGAAGAGGAUGAUGAAGUGUGGGCCUUCUUCAAUGACGAUCAACCUGUCUCCGUUGGGGAUGUCAGUCGCCCUCAGAGCGAGCCCAGCACUGCGGACAAAAAGACCAAGAAAGAGAUCGAAGCGAAGAAAGAGCCUGCUAAAGUAGUGAUGGCAUCUUCUACCGCCUCCACGGCCAUAGCGCUUGCUUCUUUGGCCCCUACUUUUGCAAAGGCCCUCUCCCACCCUGCGAGCGGCAAAUCUGGCCCCAAAAACGGGGUCCAUCUUCCUCAUGGCAAUGCCAAUACUACAGCCGACCACAAGGCCACCCUGGAGAAAGAGGCCAAAAUCCAAACCGAGCCGACGGCCGAAAAGGCGAAGGCCAAAGACGAGGCAAAGAUGACCCCUCACGACAAGGCUUCUUCCUCCGUCGGUGUUCACGGCUGCAAGAUCGACGUCAACAGGAAGACACAGGCAGCGCAGAAGGAAGAUGUCAAGCCCAAGGAGGAACCAAAGUUCAAGAUCAAGGGUGGUGAUGAAGUCGACGUCAAGGUCUCGGACGAAUCUGCACCUUCUAACUCCAAGACCACUGAUGCUCAGACGCUCAAGCAUGCUGCGCCCCUUUGUGAACGUGCUCCCCCUCUAAACGCACCCACAGGUCCAAAGAACGCCGGAAAGCCCGGUGUCAACUAUCGCGGCGGCGGAAGGGGUGAGAGGGAGCAGCAGCUCCUUCGCGAACGCGAGGAGACAGAGAAGCAGCAGCGACUUCUUCAUGAACAUCAGGAGACAGAGAAGCAGCGACAACUCCUUCGCGAACGUGAGGAGAGAGAGCAGCAGCAGCAGCAGCUCCUUCGCGAGAUUGAGGAGGAAGAGGCGGCUCUCGCAGAAAAGGCAAAGCAGAUUGCCAUCAAGAGGGCAAAGUUGAUGAAGGAUAAGGAUGCAAAGCAAUCCGCUCUCUCUGCUCUCACUGAGAACGCCCCCGUCACGGUCAACGAGGGCAAUCUCCACAAUCAGAUCUCAGCUUCGCAGAAUGCUGGAGAUACCUUUCCUACCACUGCAUCCAACUCCAUGGAUGACUUGAUAGACCUCGAUUUCAUGCCAGCCACCAUGAAAUACGUUCCCCAUUCUCCUCAUAUUUCUCUCUUGGCUUUCAGCAAUGGCCAUUCCUCCUUUGGUAAUGGCCUCCAGGAGGCCGAGGAAGAAGAGGAGCUUUAG